AUGGCGCUUGCAACCAACGCCGCAAACGCUGCUCUGACUGCAGGAGCGGAUUCAAUCUCCGCUCUCUCGCAACGCUCCGUUGCGCCAGCGACAGCUCAGCAGCUCGCCUUCGCGUCGUCCACCACAUUCGGUGCCACGAAAUCUACCCGCGCCAAUGCCACGUCAGCGAACCGCGUGCAGCACCAGGCCAGGACGAACCAGCCCGGAAACAUCCGGUGCAAGGACUACCCGAAGCCGGAUUUCGACUCCGAGCCGCAGCGGGAGGCUCAGCAACUCUCAGCCUCUUUUAAGAACCUCCCGCGGCCCGAGAAGCCGUUGAAAGUCGCUAUCAUUGGCGCCGGAUUGGCCGGGCUGAGUGCGGCGAAGUACCUGGUGGAUGCGGGCCACAUCCCCACCGUCUACGAGGCGCGCGACGUGCUUGGCGGGAAGGUCGCCGCGUGGCAGGAUGAGGAGGGUGACUGGUACGAGACCGGCCUCCACAUUUUCUUCGGAGCCUAUCCCAACAUGAUGGAGCUGUUCAAGGAGCUGGACAUUGAAGACCGGCUGCAGUGGAAGGAGCACUCGAUGAUCUUCGCCAUGCCCGACAAGCCUGGCGAGUUCUCCCGCUUCGACUUCCCCGACAUCCCCGCGCCCGCCAACGGCGUCGUCGCCAUCCUCCGCAACAACGACAUGCUGACGUGGCCGGAGAAAGUUCUUUUCGGAAUCGGGCUUCUGCCCGCCAUGAUCCAGGGACAAUCGUACGUGGAGAAGCAGGACGGGCUGUCGAUCUCGGACUGGAUGCGCAAGCAGGGCGUGCCGGAGCGCGUGAACGAGGAGGUGUUCAUCGCCAUGGCCAAGGCGCUCAACUUCAUCGACCCCUGGGAAAUCUCCUCCACCGUCAUCCUCACCGCCAUGAACCGCUUCCUCCAGGAGAGGCACGGGUCCAAGAUGGCGUUCCUGGACGGCCCGCCCACCACGCGCCUGUGCGAGCCCAUGGUGGAGCACGUUACCAAGGGCGGCGGCCAGGUGCUGCUGGAGAAGCGGCUGCAGAGCAUCGAGCUGAACGAGGACGGGUCAGUCAAGAGCCUCAAGUUCCAGGGCGGGGAGACCGUCACGGCCGACCUCUACGUCUCCGCCAUGCCCGUGGACCCGCUCAAGCUGCUCCUGCCGCCCGCCUGGAAAGCCGACCCCUUCUUCCAGAAGCUGGACGGGCUGGAGGGCGUGCCGGUCAUCAACGUGCACCUCUGGUUCGACCGGAAGCUCACAACCGUCGAUCACCUGCUGUUCUCGCGCUCGAAGCUGCUCUCUGUGUAUGCAGACAUGUCGGUGACGUGCAAGGGGUAUGCGGAUGAGAACGCGAGCAUGCUGGAGCUGGUGUUUGCGCCGGCGAAAGAGUGGAUUGGGAGGAGUGAUGAGGACAUAGUGCAGGCGACGAUGGUGGAGUUGGAGAGGCUGUUCCCCACGGAGGUGCGUGCGGAUGGCAGCAAGGCGAAGCUGAGGAAGAGCAUUGUGGUGAAGACGCCCCGGUCCCUUCCAACUCCCCUGCUGCCCCCCUCAUGCUCUUGCCCCACUCCCCUGCUCCCCUUCAUCCCUGCGUCCCACCAACAGAGGUACCUGGCGUCAAUGGAGGGCGCAGUGCUGUCGGGCAAGCAGUGUGCGGAGCAGAUCGCCACACGGGGGGCGGGGCGCAAGCCGGCUACAGGCAUUUCAGUGCAGGACUUCCUGCAGAGGCAACCAGAGAUGGCCACUGUGUCGCUUGCCGCUGCUCUGGGGGUUGCUGCCACUGCAGCAGCCCUGCUUGCUGCCUCAACAGCAGCCACUGCUUUGCCACUUUGA